AGUUAUACGGUGGACUUGGCUAACAUUGCGUCUCUACCAGUUUCACGCGCUACAUUUGCUCUCGUCUUUGGUGCCAAAAAAGUGACUCGGUGUUGAGAAGAAAUUCCCGCCAUCUCGCCCACAAUUCACCAAAGUUGCCCGACUGUGUGAAAAUUGGCAGAAAGUUUUACCGGCAAUAGGGACCGCGGGAAAAGCACAUCGUUUGACCUUACGCCGCUAUCUCAACCGUGCGAUAAGGGCGCUACGAGAUAAGGUAUAUCGCUCAUUUUUUUUCUGUCCUUCCCUUGUGGGACGGCAACAGGUGGUUGUUGUAUGUGUUGGUGCUAUAUGAGGAUGCGUGCUCUGUGAACUGUGGGUGUGUGUGCAAAAUGCCACCCAAGGACUAAAAAGGUGCUCUCCUUGCCACGCGUAAAAGCGAGACAACCUGUGCGAUUGUGCCGUGCUAACAAUUUCCACAAAACAAUUUUUUUCACACAUGGUACUUCCAAGUGCUUGAGUAUCUUGAGCUUGCGUGAAAGGAUUUUCAUUGGCAUGGAACAAGCCACCCUGUCGUCCACGUCCUCCUCGGAAGCGUGUCAGGGAUCAAGCAAGAGUCGUCCAAGUCAGUCCACAUCUGGGGACUUUGCAGCUGCAGCAGCCGUCGUCUUGAGCCUCCAGGGUGCAAUGGUGACGAGCCUGCAACAGGCAGCCCUGCUACCCGCACACUCAGCCGCUGCAGCUGCCCUCAAUCUUCAAGCUUUGGAAUCCUACCUUGCCCUCCAGCGGAUUACAAGUAAAUCCGAUGUGUUGCGACUCUCCGUUCCUGCCACAGUCACACAAAAAUCCACAACAAAGGAUACGUUAGCCCCCAGUAGCCCUCUGGAUUCCGUGAUAUUUUCCAGUGGGCCCCCAACGGAUGGAGAACUGCCAGAUGUGGGAGAAUUGUUGGACAAUGAUGAUAAUCUCUCCUUUGAAUCCGCCCUGGAUUCCCCGACUGACACCCUAUCGAUGGAUAGUGGGUACCCUAGCUUGCUCCUAAAUGCCGCCUACCAGCAAAUAGGUGCAGCGGCACAGGUGCCAGAGAAACCACCCCCUAUCCCCCUUCCGUCCACAAAUGCAACCCCCAAGACUAAAUCAACCCCUCAAGUGGCAGGAAGUGGUGGCAAUUCACGGCCUAAAAAGCAAUUUAUCUGCAAAUUCUGCAAUCGCCAGUUCACGAAAUCCUACAAUCUCCUCAUUCACGAGCGGACCCACACGGAUGAACGACCCUAUUCGUGCGACAUUUGCGGCAAAGCCUUCCGGCGGCAGGAUCACCUCCGCGACCACAGAUAUAUACAUUCGAAGGAGAAGCCCUUCAAGUGUACGGAAUGCGGAAAGGGCUUCUGUCAGUCACGCACGCUGGCCGUUCACAAGAUCCUCCAUAUGGAGGAAUCACCACACAAAUGCCCAGUUUGCAAUCGAAGCUUUAAUCAGCGUUCCAACCUCAAGACCCACCUGCUCACGCACACCGACAUCAAGCCCUAUCACUGUUCCGCGUGCGGAAAGGUUUUCCGGCGGAACUGUGACCUACGACGGCACAGCCUCACGCACAAUCUGUCGGGGAUUGCCACCAGCCUGGCGGAACGUACGAGUCCAUCGUCAGGAAGUGGAAGGAACAUUGGAAGACUGUCCGAGGGUGCUACAGCACCCAAUGGGAAUCUCGAAUUGGUGGUUGAGUGAGACUCACAUUACAAAGAGGACUCUUGUUGUUAUUCUCAAAGACUUGUGAUUCACUUUAUAAGCUUAAAUGAAAUAUUAAGAUGACAUGCGAGAAUGUUUCAGGUGAUGCAAAGAGAGAGAACGACCAACUAAUUUUUCAGAGUGUGGCGUGAACAAGACAUAUUUGUAUACAUGAAGAAAUAUCUACAGCCAUUUCUUUUCAUCAGUUUUGCAUUAUAUAAAAAUUAUAUUCCUAUAUAUAUGCCUUUUUUCUAUACUGUAUAGAUGUUUUUUUUUAUUAGAAAAUAUAAAUAGUGAUGUUGUUUCAUUGUGCAAAAAAAACAAGCCUUAUGAUAUAGUAUUGUAUAUGGUUCAGUGAGGAGUGGUUAAAUGAAGUGAGGAGAAAAAAGACGAGAAAACACUCUUUAGCUAAUUAAAAAUACACAAAAUAAAUAAAUAAAUGUACUUAAAAUAAAUUAGAUCUCCGAAGAAAAAA